AUGCACCACACUGAGAACACGAUGCAGAAGCGAUGUGGGCAAUGCCUGAAGCAUCUCAACCCUGGCCCGAAGCUUCGUCGCUUGAAUUCGGUGUUUCUUCUUUGCGACUCUUGUGGAGAGUCUGAGAGUAGGAAAGGCCGCCUGAUGGUACGUCAAUACGGCUGGGAGGAAAGUUGCAUGGUAUGCUUGGAAGACGAGAGUUCGAUUGUCUUCUUUGCUUGUUGCACGAAUGCCUCUACCACUCUCGUCGGACACACCUUGUGCUUCACUUGUUCAGAAAGGCUUGAGUUACGUCGAUCUGGGGUCAGCUCCGUCUUGGUUUUCCCAGAGGAUCCGGUAGUAUGCCCGUGUUGUAAAGGAGAAGUGAUCUACGCUGUCCAAGCAGCUUCUGAAGUGGUCGUGCUGGACGAACCCGAGAUCAAGGAGAUUAUCAGAGUCGUACUUACCGAAGGGGGGCGACGACGAGUCAAGGUUCGGCUGAGUAAUUCGGACGAAAUGUGGAUGAAUCUCCAUGAUUUGCAAGAUACGGAGUGGAGGGUGAGAGCACAGAUCAUCUUUGAGGAUGAGUAUGGAGUCUGA